ACAUAAAUACCAAGUGUAUUUGGUCUAGAUAUCAUCAGUUGCAUUUUCUCUGUUACUACCACUCCUGUACCUGGCAUCAUGAGCAUGUUCAGACUGAUGGUGGUCACAUUGCUGGCUGCAGCUUGCUGUACACUAACGGAUGGAGCAAUCAGCAUCACGUGUGAAGGCUCUGAUGCUUUACUGCAAUGUGAUGGAGGUAAGAUUCAAAUCAAGCGUGCCAACUAUGGUCGUCGUCAACACGAUGUGUGUUCCAUUGGGCACCCACCUAAACCACUCAAAAACACCAACUGCCUCAGCCCAUCCACCACCAGCACAAUGGCAAAACGGUGUGACGGAGAGCGCCAGUGUAUCGUCAAGGUAUCCAACUCCGUGUUCGGCGACCCCUGUGUCGGAACCUAUAAGUACUUGGAUGUGGCUUACACCUGUUACUGAAUGAUAUCUUCCUGGGGAACCUGAAGAUGUACAAGGCUUCUGGGACAUUUUCAUCGGGUCGUGCUGUGUUCCUCCAACUGCCAAAUCAACUUCAGUGACCAUUGUAAACUUGUGCAUUUUGUGCUGAAACAUUUCUGAACUGUGGUUGUUGGUCUGAAAUAAAUGACGUGGCUGGAAGAUGAUA